CUCGGAUUGAAUCAAAAAGCUCAUAAAUGUUUCUUUAAUUCUUUUGUCCAUGUUCCUGCAAAUUUUUCACCACUGAGAUCAUAAUGUAAACAGCCACAGCUACCCAGACAAAUCGUUUUAUACAAUAAGGCACAAAAUGUUUGGUAUUUCGUACGGAGAGCUCUUCCUCUUGAUCGGAGCCACAGGUGCUCUAGUCGGACCAAAGGAUUUGCCUAGAAUUGCUAGAACAGCAGGGAGGUUAGCGGGUCGGUCAAUCGGGUAUGUUCAGUUAGCUAGAGGCCAAUUCGAUAAUGUUAUGCAGCAGUCUCAAGCCCGCCAGGUUCAUAAAGAACUUCAAGAUGCAUUCGCACAACUAGAGUCGAUUCGUAAUGAAGUCCGGAGUAUAUCACUUAUGAAUCCUGGUCCUAUGGCUCGAAGGCUGAUGGAUAAUCCUCAAGACCCAGCUUCUCUGAGUGAUGGGGCCAACAGUUCACUUGAGAAGCCUAAGGAGGAGCUGAAAACCUCAGACUCACCUAAUUUGCAUAGUCAAGCAACUGCGUAUGCAAAGUUGGCUGAAUCUGAUGCUGUGAAGACUGGCUCUUUGAAGAGCAGUGCAGAGCAAGAAAACCUUAAAGAUGAAAGUGGUCUUUUCAUUGUCCUCCCAAUUUCAGCUGAAAGCACUGGGAUGCUACCAAAUCGCAAAGAGAAUGUUAAGGGAUCAGACAUUGUGUUGGAAGCAAUAGUUGAAGCAGAGGUAGCACGUAAUGCCAAAGAUUUCUUUUCACAGCCUGAAAAUCAAAUACAGUGAACUGAAAAGGCUCUGAAGGGUGGGGUAUGGGAGAAGGUUGAAUUGGCCACCAAGUUUGGUAUCAGUUUUGCUGAUAAUAACAAGAGGGAGG